AUGGCUACUGCAAUCAUGAGCCCUCACCAUCUUCUGUCUGUCUCCGUGUACAUCAUCACUUGCCUCUGCUACUCGGUGGCUCUAGCUACCGCGCUCUCCUUCAGCUUCAACUUCUCCAGCCCCGGCUCCGGCGACCUCUGUGACACGGAGCUCAGCUGCGAACGUGACGCAUGCAGUGUACUUCUAACUUUGUUGGAGGUCCUCGACUCAUCAUGGAGCACCAAGCUAGCAGAUUUCGGGCUAGCGAGGCUCGUGGAUCAUGGAGCCGGGCCACAGACGACGGAGAACAUCAAGGGCACCCUAUGGUACAUGGACCUGGAGUUUAUUCUCUCACACCAUCCCACACCGGAAGCGGACAUCUACAGCUUCGGUGUCGUUCUGCUGGAGGUCGUGUCCGGCCAGCACCCAGGGAUGGGGAUGAAACUCCGGGUCAACGAGGACAUCCCGUUGCUGAUGUGGAUCUGGAACCUGUACAAGAAGGGCACCAUCCUUGAAGCUGUGGAUAAAAGGCUACAUGGGGACAACCAGCAGCUCGACCACAACUGUAAGUGGCAGUUGCAUCAUGCGCUAGUCGUCGGGCUCUGGUGCACGCACCCAUGCCAAGAGGCGCGACCGUCCAUUGUGCAGCUCAUGAACGUCUUGCAGUCAAAGGACGUCACGCUGCCGGCCCUGUCGUGGCCAGCCCCAGCCAACGUUACCACUGGAUCACAUGGGUAUAACACCGCAUCAACCUCAUCGGCCAAUGCUUGA